GGGGAAAGCUUCCGGCUUGAGCUCGAAGCGAUCUCCUUCGUCCCGGCAGCAGCAGCAGCAGCAGCGGAAGAGGAUUUUGUCGGUGGGGAAAGUUCGGGAACCUCCUCGCGGUCGGACGGAUUGAGGAGCUUUUGUCGCUGCUGCUGUCGCUGUCGUUGCGGUUCUCUUCCUUCUGAGGUUGCUCCGCGGUCGGCGAAGAUGCUGGUCGCGAACAGCUUCGACUUGUGGCGGAAGGACGCCUUCUUCUCCGCGGCCGAGGAGGUCAGGAAUCCGCCGACGUGUGCGAUGGAAUCAACAUACAGAGCAUGGGCUAGGGAGAUGAGAGAAGCAUCAUCACCUGAAUAUUUGAAUGAUCUCUCUAGGGACCUCCAAAUUGCUUUAGGUACAGCAAAGUGGCAGUUGGAAGAAUUUGAGAGAGCAGUCAGGCUUAGCGAUGGGCCUCAUGGUGACAAAACUACGACAGCUCGACAUGGACAGUUUAUUGUGGCCAUUAGAGAUCAAAUUGCUCAUGUUGAAGCAGCAUUGCAAGAAUUUCUUAGUGAGGGGGGAAAACAGCCUCUUCAGUGGGUAAAUCUUGACAAAGAAGAGCGAGAUGAUUUAGCCUUGUUUCUCUCUGGGACUUCAGAACUAUCACAAAUUGUGAAGGAUGAAUUUACAGAGCAUGGAACAUCCUUGAAGGGCUUCAUUUUGGAAAAUUAUGAUAAGAAGGAAGAUGUGGGGUCUAAUACUAAUGCUGCUUGCAGCAGUGGCUUAAUAGAUGAGGGCAAGAGCUUAAAGGAUGGACAACCUAAUGAGGAUGUUCACUGCAUGACAGAUCUACACACAAAAGAUCAAGCAGAUAAAACAAGUGGUUCCAGAAGGACAUGGAGUUCACCCAGCAUGGGGGAUUGGAGAAUUGCUGUUGCGGAUGAUGAAGAGAGAAAUAACCUAAAUUCCACUGUUGUUGACACACCCAAAGAAAAGGUGCCCAGAACUAUUUUUGGGAAGAAUAGGUGUGGUGAACGUACCCAGGCAAAGUCAUUGACUAGAAUGUUCAAUCAGGCAUUCGGACAUUGUCAUGUGCUUCAAAGACAACCUUAUAGUCCACGAAGCUUGCGAUUUAGUUGUUCACUUCAAUUUAUGCUUGCCCUACUGCUAACGAUAUUUCUGAUUGUGCCAUUUGUGUUCUAUUCGUCAUAAAGUGGGUGCUUCACACCUUAUGAUCCACGUUGAAGGUGUUGGAUCUGUUUAUUCAAAGAUAUAAAGAUGGAUGAUUGAUUCUUUUUGUCUAUCUGGUAAUCUUAUGAGGAUCUCAGGUCGACCAAGAAAACUACCUAAAAGUCUCCAGAGGGUCAGUACUUCAUAUGGCAAGCCUGGCAAUGCUUUGCUCAUCGAAAAAGCCUUAUGCUGCUUCACAUAUUAAGUGGCUUGCAAUACAGUUGUAUCCUUGGUACUCAUAACCAUACAAGCUUCUAGAAGUAGUGGAUACAUGGAAGCAGAGUCCUGUUAGUAUAAGAGGAUUGGGUCUCGAAUUCAAAAUAUGUAGAUGAAUAGAGGCAUAGAUUCAUGGCUUGUUAUGGUGGGACAUUGGGAGCUUAAUUGUACUAUUCUCAAUUGUAAAGAGUUUCAGAAAAUCAGAUUGCAUCAUAAAGCUAAUUGUGUCGACUCUUUUCACUUCA